GACUAUCGCAGUAAAUGCAGAUACUAGAUUACGACUUUACGAGCUAUUGCUAUUGCAAAUGCAAUAUAGGUGUUCUAUGUUUACGUCUAACGAGUGCGUCAGUGGCUCAGUGCGCGACUGAAGAAGCGUUGUGUAUUGCAUGCUCGUGUAGCUGUUGCGCAUGUGUCAAGUGGUUUGCUAAACGAAAACUUUUUACUUUUAAGGAAUGAAUCUCAGCGUUGGAAAUAUUAUAUCACUAGACUGGCACAGCUCGGCAGAAGGAGAGACAAUGCUUCAACAUUUUUACAACCCGCAAACCACGGGCAGGAAAACAUUUGGAAUUCUUGAACGUCCAAGCAUAGCAUCAAAUGUUGAGGAGGUGUCAUACAAACUAUUUGUUACUGGCAAAAGUGGAAUUGGGAAAACUGCAACAGUUGCUCGUUUGGCAGGAAGCAGAUGUCGCAUACCUCAUACCGAAACUCAUGGCAUACAGAAAUCAAAUAUAUUCUGGCCUGUUAAAAUAUGGGACAAAAUCAUAUUGUUUAAACUACAAAUUUGGGAUGCAGGUGAAAAUGCUAUUAAGAAGUAUGCACAUAUUUUUCCGGCAUGUAGGGAUAAAGCAGAUGCCAUUAUAUACAUUUUUUCCUUUACGGAUCCAAACAGUUUGGCUGAGCUUCCACAGCAGAUGGCCAGAACUGCUUCGCAGGGGGAAAAUCCUGCAUGUAUUGCAAUUGGUACAAGGUACAGUGUACAAGAAAGAGGUGAAACGUUAAGUACUGAAAUAAAAGACUUUGAACAGAAGUGGCAAGUACCUGUACUUCGAAUUGAUAACAGAUGGGCAGGUGAUCGAGGUGAGGUUCAUGAGGUUGCACCCAUAUUGAACAUAAUCUGUGAGAGGCUAUGGGUCAGAGAUCAAGAAUAUUUAUUGAAACAGGGUCUUUCUAAAUAGCAAAGAUUUUUUUCAAAUAAGUGUGGCUAGUGAAUAAAAAAGCGAGAACAAAACUGUGCAGCUAUUUUCUUCAAAUCGCAUAUCAUCAGUGAAUAUAGUAUCGUCAGUGGGUGUUGUGCCUUCAGAAAACAUAAACUGAGUGGAUUUCUGUUCACUGGAAGGUGCAUGUUUGAACUAUUUCAGACUGCCAGGAUAACUUCAACAAGACUUUCAGCCUAUUUGUGCCAUAAUGCUCUUUCCUUUUUGAUUUGAUAAUUAGUAAUCUGUCUAUAAUCUUCAACAUUCUUCUGUAAUGUGAUGUUUCAAAAACUUGCAUUCUCUUCUUGUCUGUAUAGUUUAUUGUGAAUGUUUCACUUUCAUAUAAACUGUGAUGUAUAAAAAUACUUUCAGAAAAAUAUUUUUCUUCUUCAUAGAUGUCUCUCUCUCUCUCUCUCUCUCUCUCUCUCUCUCUCUCUCUCUCUCUCUCUCUCUCUCUCCUUUUUUUUCUUUUUAAAAAAGCUAAUUUCUUCACCUGAGCCACAUUCCCUUACCAUUGUUUUACUUUUUUAUGUUCAUCUUAUAAACUGGUUGUGAGACUCCCUCCAUUUCCAUCAACUGAUCUUUCAAGAUGUUUGCCAUCUCUGAUAGAAAUCCUAGUCAAAGCAAAUCAUAAAGCUUUGAUUUCUUCUCUAUGAAAUUUAAUUCCUUUAUCAGUUUUCAUUUUGGUUUCCUUUACUGGUUGCUGUAUGCACAGAUUGAACUAAAUGAGGGAUAAGCUAUAACACUGUUUCCUUCUCUUCUCAACUACUGCUGCCGUAAAAUACCAAUCUGCUGUUGUAACUGUAGUCUGAUUUUUAUACAAGUUGUAGAUAACCAGUCACUACCUGUAUUAUAUCCCUAUAACUGCCAAUUUUUACAGAAUUUGCUUAACAUUGUCAAAGAUUUUUCUAGAUCUAAAAUUACAGUAUAUAGAAAUAGAUUUUGUCUUUCUUCACCCUGUCUUCUAAGAUAACUCUUUCGUAUUCCUGCAUUUCUCCAGAACCAAAACUGAUGUUCUUGAAUUAACUAUGACAUACCACAUUCAUAGCUCAGUAACACUCACAAGUGUCAUUGCCUACCUUCUUUGACAUUGAAAUUAUUAUGUUCUUUAUGUCCAAUCUUAUAUGUCCUUCUCUCCAGGGUGAGAAGUUUUGGUUCUCCCAAGUCUUUUAAUAAUUCUGAAGGAAUGUAGUUUACUUUGGAGCCUUGUUUAGCCUUAAGUGUGUCAGUACUCUUCUAAGAUAUUUAAUGCAGUAAUGUAUCUUCAGUUACGUCCUCUUCCCUUUCCAUGAUAUUGUCUUCUAGUUUAUUUUUUUAUAUAACUCUUCUAUUUAUCACUCUUAUCUUGCAGCUUUCUCUCCUUUGCUUAAUUCUGGCUUGAUACGCAUACAGCUGCUUUAUUCUCCAGAGGUUUCUUUAAUUUUCCUGUAUGCAGCAACUAUCUUUCAUUCAGUCACACAUGCUUCUAAAACUUUACAUCUCUGCUCUAGCCAUUCCUCCUUCAUUGCUUUGAUCAUUCUGUCAAUCUCAAUGUCAGGUAAUUUCUUCUGGGUCGAGCCCCACAACCUCAGUAAAUUUGAAGGAGGACAUUCUUCCACCAGGCUAUGUUUUAAAUUAUUUCAUUUGCUAUACUAGUAUUGGGCACUGACCAUUCUGGACUGCAUGUGUAGUAACUGAAGUGGAUUCAUCAUCCUCAUUUCCUCAAAAAAUCAGUGCUAUGCAUACUUGUGCACAGCACAGUCAUCAUCUUGUUACGUGUACUAUAAAUGACACUGUAUACUCUUGUUCACGUAACUGACACAUGUUAAUGACUGCAGUAAUCAAUGAAAUUUAAUAUCACUUGUUUUAUACUAGGAUGUGUCCUUUCUUAUCGUGUUUCAUAGUUUUGCCUCUCACACUUACAAUAUUUCAUUUCUCAAAACUUCCCAUUCAUCAGCAGUUGUUCUACCUUUCUGUGCUCUCUCUUAAACACUCAUCAAUCUCUUGUUGUUCCCACUUAUGCAGAUCACAACUCCUUAAUAGCCUAUCUGUUUGCAAUUUCCUCAUCUUCACUCUGCAAGUGAUAAUUGGUAAUUAUGAGCAGAUUCUAUGCCUGCUCCUGAAAAGUUUUGCAGUCUAAUACUUUGUUCCUAAAUCUCUCUCUUACCAUUAUAUAAUCGACAUGAAACCUACCAUUGUCUCCAUGACUCUUUCGCUUAUGUAACAUUCAUUGAUGAAUCUUACCCCAGGUUUUGCCAUAAAGUUAAAUAACAAAAAUUAAACUUUUUUAAACUAACAACUAUGGAAUUUAAUUUUGGUGCUGUGCUGCAGACAUAUAUGUAAACCGAAUAUUGCUGUCACAGAAUAGAGCAAAUGGCAUGUACAUGGCAUAGACUGUGGAGUAUCUUGUCAUUAAAUGUUUGUGCAGCUUAAAUACUUGUCAAUAUAGUUUUGUAGCUAUUUAAAGUGUUUUGUGAUUUAAUGAAAGGAAGCAUGUACGUGCAGUGAUGUACAAGAACAUAUCACCCAAAAAAAAGUAACUACUUUUAAGAAAGAACAACAUUAUAAAAUAACAUAUCAAAGCUCUUGUAAAAAUGGUUAUAUGUGAUUAACAAGCUCCCUAACUCACUAAUAAGGGAAAUGAUUUCAACACCAAAUUAAUACUUCUUUUAUGAACUAUUUUAAAUAAGAUGCUAUAGUAAAUUUACAUAUAAUGUAAUAAAUAUGUAAGAUAGUUACAACAUUCAUCAGUUGUUUCAUGUAAUACUUAUUUUAAGUGUAAAAUCUUAGAACUGAAGACUUGGUUCUUCAUUUGUCCCACAGCUGUAAAAACCGAAUGGGGAAAUUAAGAUUUAAACUGUUCCCACCAAGCGGUUUCAUGUGUUUCUUUUAUGAUUUUCUUGUACCAAGUAAUUAUUUAAAAGGCUUGUUUAGCCUUGAAAUAAAAAAUAUACUGAAUAAAGCUGUUCUGCAAUUUG